AUGGCCGGGGCAGCAGCCAUCUCCUCCAACCCACUCCAACUGGAUGUGGCCAGUCAUAAGAAAUGUCUUAUGAUUUGCUUCGUCGUCACUCUUGCCAGCUUCCAGUAUGGCCUCGAUUAUGGCCUCGUUGGCGGAUUUAUGGCCAUGCCGGGCUUUCUCAAGGUCUAUGGCUACUACGACGAGGCUAAGCAAAAGUGGGCAAUUGACCCAACUGUGCAGCAGCUCAUCUCUUCGCUCAUGACCAUCGGCACCUUUAUUGGCUCCCUCCUAGUCGGACCCUUCAGCUCCAAGUUUGGCCGUCGCAUGGGCCUCUGGAGUGCGGCCGUCAUCAACGCCGUGUCUACCGCCGUCAUGUUGGGCACUACGAGCGUUGGAGCCCUGUACUUUGCUCGAUUCAUCCUCGGCAUUUCCGUCGGUUGGUUCCUUACCUUUGCCCAAGUCUACGUCAAUGAGGUAGCGCCCGCCCAUCUGCGAGGCAUUGCUUUCGCAGUCUACCAGACUCAGCUUUCCAGUGGUUCUAUUGUGGGCGCUGCGGUCGACUACGGCACACAUUUAAUGCCUGGCAAGGAAUCAUACCGCAUCCCUCUCGCCAUGUUCUUUAUCGUCCCCACUAUCCAAACGAUUAGCCUCUUCUUCUUCCCCGAGAGCCCGCGUUGGCUCAUGACUCAGGGGAGGGAGGAGGAAGCGCUGGCCUCGCUGAGGAAACUGCGUAAUAGCAGCAUUGAUGAGGCGGAAUUCCAGGCCGAGUUCAACGAGAUUCGCAUCUCCACGGCUGAGCAGAUUCAACAGAGCGAGAACAAGAAGCUUUGGGUCGAGAUGUGGAAGGGCACUGACAGGCGUCGUACCUUGCUCUCCAUUGCCAUUAUCUGCUUCCAUUGUGCAAAUGGUUCAUCCUGGCUCAACAUCUACACGACUUAUUUCCUCGACGUCGCCGGCAUCAAGGAGGCAUUUGCUUACUCUACCAUGGUGAGCUGUAUGGGCCUCAUCGGUGUUCUGAGCAGCCUGCUCUUCGUACGUCGCCUCGACCGACGUGUCAUUGUCAUGCUGGGUGUCGGUGCCUGUGGCUGUUGCCAGCUCGCGUUUGCUAUAGCCUGGACCGUUGCCCCCGAGACGGCUGCUGCAGGCAAGGCUGUUGUGGCGUUCAUGUCACUAUUCACAUUUGCCUACGUCGCCUAUGCACCCUACGCCUGGCUACUGGGUGGAGAGUACCCCAAUAACCAUCUCCGAGCCCACACGUAUGGCAUCGCCACGGCCCUUAACUUCCUUGGAAACUGGCUUGGUGUCUUUACUGCUCCUUACUUUAUCAAUCCAGCCAGUCUUGGAUGGCGUGCCAAAUAUGGCUACAUUUGGUUCGGAUCCAACGCCAUUUUGCUCGUCUUCACAUACUUCUUCAUUCCCGAAACCCGCGACCGAACUCUUGAGGAGAUCCAUGAAAUGUUCGAGGCGAAGCUCCUGCCCGCAAGUGAUGUUAAGGACAUUGAACUUGAGGACGCAGACCAUGUCGAGCGCUCCUCCAAAGUGUAG